ACUGCCGGCUCACUGCCCAGACGUCGACGGCCUCUCGUAGCUCCGCAGCUCCCUGCCUGGGUCACAGCCAUGGCCACAAUGGUGGCCCAGAAGCUCAGCCACCUCCUAACCAGUUUGCGGCAGGACUACCAGAAGCCUCAGCCGUCUGUGCAGCCAGAGCCUGUAUUCACGGUGGACCGAGCCGAAGUACCACCCCUCUUCUGGAAGCCAUACAUCUAUGUGGGCUACCGGCCGCUGCAUCGGACCUGGCGCUUCUAUUUCCGCACGCUUUUCCAGCAGCACAAUGAGGCGGUGAACGUCUGGACCCACCUGCUGGCGGCCCUGGUGCUGCUGCUGCGGCUGGCCGUCUUUGUGGGGACUGUGGACUUCUGGGGAGACCCGCACGCCCUGCCUCUCUUUAUCAUUGUCCUCGCCUCCUUCACCUACCUCUCCCUCAGUGCCUUGGCUCACCUCCUGCAGGCCAAGUCCGAGUUCUGGCAUUAUAGCUUCUUCUUCCUGGACUAUGUGGGUGUGGCUGUGUACCAGUUUGGCAGCGCCCUGGCACACUUUUACUAUGCCAUUGAGCCCACCUGGCAUGCCCAAGUGCAGGCCAUUUUCUUGCCCAUGGCCGCCUUUCUUGCCUGGCUUUCCUGCACUGGCUCCUGCUAUAACAAGUACAUCCAGAAGCCCGGCCUGUUGGGCCGCACUUGCCAGGAGGUGCCCUCGGCACUGGCCUACGCGUUGGACAUCAGCCCUGUGGCGCACCGCAUCCUCAUGUCCCCUAACCCUGCCGUGGACGACCCAGCUCUUCUCUACCACAAAUGCCAGGUGGUCUUUUUUCUGCUAGCUGCUGCUUUCUUCUCGGCCUUCAUGCCUGAGCGCUGGUUCCCUGGCAGCUGCCACGUCUUUGGGCAGGGCCAUCAGCUCUUCCAUGUCUUCUUGGUUCUGUGCACACUGGCUCAGCUGGAGGCUGUGGCACUGGACUACGAGGCCCGGCGACCCAUCUAUGAGCCUCUGCACACCCGCUGGCCCCACAACUUCUCUGGCCUCUUUUUGCUCACCGUAGGCAGCAGCAUCCUCACCGCGUUCCUCCUGAGCCAGCUGGUACGGCGCAAACUCGAUCUGGAUCAGAAGACUCAGUGAAGGCUGGUGGCAGCUGGUAGGGAGGGAGGUAGAGUGGGGGCCAGGGUCCGGGCUUGGCUCCAGAUGGGAAUGAAGCCUGGUAAAGUUGUUUGUGUCUAGCCUGUGGUGACUCUCUGUGCAUGCCUCAGCUGCCAAAGGUGGCACUGGCCAGUCCUUGGAUUUGAGUAUUGGCUGGAGCCGCUGGGGUGCACUUCUGGGCCUGCUCCAGCUCCCUGCCCUGAGAGAGAGAAAGAGAAAGAUGUGGGCUACUCUGGUUUGCCUCCCCUCAUUGCCUCUCACUAGGGGUGAGAAUGGGAGAUUGGCUGGGGCCAAGACCUUGGUUUGGGGCUUCCAGAUUAUUUGGGAGGGGGUGAAGCUGGGAUUUAGGUCAGAGUCAGAUCUGAGCUGAGAGACAGGGGAAGCAUCAGCAACCCCCCUCUACCCACAUGUCACUGGUGCAUAGGGAAAGGACAGACCCCAAAUGUGUGCAGAACCUUACUGUUCCUUGAACCCCAGCCUGGAGUUUUGGAGCUCCAGAGAGCCCCCGCCAAGGUAGAAGAUUGUGCCAGAUAGAAAUGGAUCCCACCCAGUGCCCCAUACUUCUUCAGUCACUGUCCCAGAUGGUGAGCCCCAACCCUCCUAGCUCUGGCUUCUAUGUCCCACACAUUCUGUUCCCAGUGUCUUUCCUCAUUCCCUUGUUCACAUUCAGUGUGUAUCCAUUCAAUGUGUCUUGCGCCUCUGCUCAGAGGCAGAUCAUUGACUGGGCCCUGUGGAUCAAUGCAGGAUGGUAAAGGCUUUAAUAUCGGAAUGAACUCAGGAAGCACUGAGGAGGGAAUAAUUAGCACUACUUGGGACCCUUAGGGUCUUGGGUUGCCAAGGGUGAAUAGGAGUUUGCAGAUGGAGAAGAGGAGGGGCAUUCCAGGCAGAGGGAAAAACCUGUCCAAAGGCUAAGAGGUAUGGAAGGAGGAUUUUACUGGGGCUGGAGUUAGGGGUGAUAUGGACUCUGAUAUAUCCUGGAUGUAAUAAAGUAACUGUGAUAACAGCU